UGAUGCUAGCAGCUAACGAGCCGCUGCGGAGCUCGUCUGCAGUUUGAACCUUCUGUUAGAGAUGGUUUUAUCUCACUUUCAAGCCGUGUUCUGGUGGACGGAGCUUCGUGGAGUCUGUGAGCUGUCUGCGGGGAUUCCACACACGCACUGACCGCGGUGUCCAUCCUUGGAAGACGCUGCUUCGCGCUUUACGUGGCUGUAUGAUGCCAGCGGAGAAGCUGGCUGCUAGUGGUUUGUUUGGCUCAAGGCAAGUUAAUCCCACAGCCUGUUGAUCCCUGCAACAUCCAAUGGCGAUAAGUAGCUAACGUCAAUCCGGUUAGGUUUAAAGUGACUCAACUCGGUCACUCGUAUAAUCGGGUACCUGUCGAGUUAGCCUUUAGCACUGGACUUCUCACUGUCUGUGUCCCCGAUGAUUCACCGGGAGAACUGAUCGAUGGGGUGUCUGAGGAUCAUGGUGCCGUCGAAGAUCCAGCUUCUGGCUGUUUUGGCGUUUGGAGUGGCGAUGCUCUACAUCGAGAACCAGAUCCAGAGUCUGGAGGAGUCACGAGCCAAACUCGAACUUGCCAUUGCCAGACAUGAGUUAGCUGAAGUGGAGCAGCGUCACAGCGAAAGUACCGGGCGGGAAAUCUCGCCGCUGUCAGAAAAUGAUGACAUGGUCGUCAUCUACAACCGAGUGCCCAAGACUGCGAGCACAUCCUUCACUAACAUCGCCUACGACCUGUGUGGGAAAAAUCACUUCCACGUCCUGCACAUCAACACGACCAAGAACAACCCUGUGAUGUCUUUACAAGACCAGGUGCGCUUUGUCAGGAAUGUCACCUCGUGGAGAGAGAUGAACCCGGGCUUCUUCCACGGCCAUGUAGCUUAUCUGGACUUCUCAAAAUAUGGCGUGAGGCGGAAGCCCCUGUACAUAAACGUGCUGCGAGACCCUAUCGAGCGCCUGGUGUCCUAUUACUACUUCCUGCGAUUUGGAGACGACUACAGACCUGGCCUUCGCCGAAGAAAACAAGGAGACAAAAAGACCUUUGAUGAGUGUGUGUCAUCGGGGGGGUCUGACUGUGCUCCUGAGAAGCUCUGGCUCCAGAUCCCCUUCUUCUGUGGCCACCAUUCAGAGUGUUGGAAUGCAGGCAGUAGAUGGGCCCUGGAACAGGCCAAAUACAACCUGGUGAAUGAGUAUCUGCUGGUUGGAGUAACUGAGGAGCUGGAGGACUUCAUCAUGAUCCUGGAAGUAACCCUGCCACGCUUCUUCAAGGGCGCCACCGAGCUCUACAGGACAGGGAAGAAGUCCCACCUGCGAAAGACUACUGAGAAGAAGCCUCCCACCAGAGAGACCAAAGCCAAGCUGCAGCAGUCCAACAUCUGGAAAAUGGAAAAUGAGUUUUACGAGUUUGCACUGGAGCAGUUUCAGUUUGUUCGUGCACACGCUGUCAGGGAAAAGGAUGGAGAACUUAAUGUCCUGGGUCAGAGCUUCUUCUAUGAAAAGAUCUACCCCAAAGUGAACUGAAUAUGGAGCCAGAAUAUAGUGACAAGGGCUGUGCGGACAAAAACACUAUUACAAGUCAUAUACACUGGGACACAAAGGGACAAAAAGGGACACAUUAAUGCUGGAAUUAUAGUUCCUGUACUUCAGCUUUUUCAGUUUUUUUUAUUUUGACCCUAUUAAAGUACAGAAACGUACUGUACUGUGGAAUUUCUAUGAGGAAUGUGUUGAGUUUCUCUUAUUGCGGUGCAGCUGUCGAGGAAACCUCACAUGGAUAAAGUGUCAGUCUGAGCUGUGAGACAGAAUCACUGCUCAUACGCUGAAUGUGCUGCAUCACAAGAGCCAAACACAGGAUGAUUGUUAAGUCAUGUGUUUUGGUUUCUUGGUUUCUUGGUUGGAUCGAUUAAAACAACUCAAACCUCGACUAGUUCAGAGUUUAAAGUUUAAAAUUACCUUUAAAUGUGUUGUUUUUUUCCAUCGCAAGUUGAAACAAACUCAUUUGUUUUAGUAUGUUUUUUUUUUUCAGCUUUGUUGCACCGGUUUACAAAUGACAAAAGAUGUAGCUGUAACAAACGUGACAUAAAGAACAAGCUGCGGUCAUACACACUGCAUUAACACAGUGUUGUGCUUUUGGACCAAAUGAUAGCAACAGAACAUAGAUUGAACCAUUGCAUCCUGUGGUGUGUGAAUAGUACAUUUUUUAUCCCACUGAGACAUUUUACACAUGGUGUCAGUAUUUUGUCACAGAUAUGAUGACGUGCAUCUUUGAUAUAACUGAUUGCUGCUGUUUUUUAACCUGUGGAAAGAGCACAUUGAGCUGGAGGAAGUUACUAAUCAACAGUGAAAAGAUUGUACAGGGUUAAAUGGAUAUUUGUCCUGCUCACAGGGUUAUUUCCUGCAGUGUGCAACAAGGGGAGAGGUGGAAGCGAUAGUGCCUUUAAUGCAAUGUAUAACACACUUUUAUUGUUUUUCAUUUUCCAGUGAUCUCACAAUCAUGUUUCCUCUUAAUUUGUGUAUUUAGUUAAUUCUUCAGUUCAUUUCCUGUUUUUGCUCUGUUUUGCACUUACUACAUUAACAGCUUAAAUACAAACUUUCAUAUCUCCGGUCUUUC